AUGGCGCCCCAUCGCUUCCCGUCCCAUUCCACGGCGCAGAAUUCCCGACCCAAAGCCUCGCGGCGGCGAAGAGCGGCACAGCCUCCCGGUGGGGUCGGUCACCGGGUGAUGCUCGCGGUGGGGGGGAGGGGGGGGCGGGAGGACGCGGGGCGGAGCGAGUGCGGUGCGGAGGCGGAGCGGUGGCGACUCAGAACCCCACCUGAGCCCCGGGGGCCCCUCUCCCGCCCGUCCGUGCUGCCCGAUGCCGCGCUGCGCUCGCACCGUCACCGUCACCGCCGCCGUCCCGUCCGCCGCCAACGGACAGCGCCCGAGCCCGGGCCCGGGGCUGCGGACCUGCCCGGCUGCCCGGCCUCCCCAUGCCGCCCAGGAGGCGCUCCCCGCUGCCCGCCUCCUGCCUCUGCCUCCUGCUCCUGUACCUGGCCGCCGCGCACCUCGGCCGCCUCCCGCUGCUGGCCCGCGGGCCGGGGGAGCCGCGGGGGGGCCGCUGGCCGGGUGGAGGAGGAGGGGGGGGGCAGCCCCGGGGAGAGGCACCGGGAGCGGGCGGACCGGGUCAGGCUCCCGGGGAGCCACGCCUGCCGUAUGGACACCUGCUUCGACCUGUCGCGGUGCGAGCAGCGGGGCUUCGGGGUGUACGUGUACCCGCCCCAGAGCGAGCGCACGUCGGACACCUACCGCAAGAUCCUCGCCUCCCUCCGGGCGUCUCGGUACCACACCGCCGACCCCGGGGGCGCCUGUCUGUUCGUCCUCAACAUCGACACGUUAGACCGGGACCAACUCUCCCCGCAGUUCGUCCCCAACGUGGACCGCAAAGUCCUGGCGUCUCCCCUGUGGAACCGGGGCAGGAACCAUCUCCUGUUCAACCUGUACUCCGGGACUUGGCCCCACUACACCGAGGACCUGGGCUUUGACCCGGGCCAAGCCCUGGUGGCCAAGGCCAGCUUCUGCUCGGAGAGCUACAGACCGCGCUUUGAUGUCUCCAUCCCCUUGUUCUCCAGAGAACAUCCCCAGAGAGGUGGUCCCCCCCGGGGUGGGCUGCUGUCCAACACGGUCCCUCCCAGGAGAAGGUACCUGCUGGCCUUCAAAGGUAAGAGGUACCUGACUGGCAUCGGCUCCGACACCAGGAACGCUCUCCACCACCUCCACAACGGCAAAGACAUCAUCUCCCUCACUACCUGCAGACACGGGAAAGACUGGGAGAAGCACACCGACUCCCGGUGUGGGAGAGACAACCGGGAGUACGACAGGUUUGAUUAUCAGGAAUUGAUGCACAACUCCACCUUCUGCCUCAUCCCCAGAGGGCGACGUCUGGGCUCCUUCCGCUUUCUGGAGGCUCUUCAGGCUGCGUGUAUCCCUGUACUGCUCAGCAACGGCUGGGAACUGCCCUUCGCGGACAUCAUUGACUGGGGCAAAGCUGCGGUUGUGGGUGACGAGCGGCUCCUGCUCCAGAUUCCGUCCACAAUCCGGGCCAUUCCCAAUGACAAGAUUCUGGCAUUCCGGCAGCACACUCAGUUCUUAUGGGAUGCCUAUUUUUCCUCUGUAGAAAAGAUUGUGUCGACCACGCUGGAGAUUAUUAAAGAUCGGAUAUUUACACACGUGUCACGAAAUAAGAUCAUGUGGAACCAGAUGCCGGGAGGACUGUUUGUGCUUCCUCAGUAUUCCACUCACACCGCGGACUUUCCCUUCUAUUACCUGGAGCAGGGUGUAACUCCCCCGAGAGAGUUCAGUGCUCUAAUUCACUCCGUCUCUCCCCUGGUCUCUCAGUCUCAGACCAUCAUCAAGUUAGUCAAAGCGUUGGCGAAAUCCAAGUACUGUGGUCAGAUAAUAAUCCUAUGGAACUGUGACAAGCCAUUAGCCAGCAGGGGCACAUGGCCACCCACCAGGAUGCCUCUGAUAGUCGUACAGGCAGAUCGCAAGGUCAUGAGCAGUCGCUUCCUCCCGUUCCACAACAUCAGCAGCGAGGCCGUGCUGAGCCUGGACGAGGACAUCGUGCUCUCCACCAGCGAGGUGGAUUUCGCGUUCAUCGUGUGGUGCAGUUUUCCGACGCGGAUCGUGGGUUUCCCGGCACGCAGCCACUUCUGGGACAGCAGCAAACGCUUGUGGGGAUACACAUCAAAGUGGACCAAUGAGUUUUCCAUGGUGCUGACAGGGGCAGCGUUUUAUCACAGAUAUUACCAUCACCUCUUCACACACUACCUGCCCACACACCUGCUCGAUCUUGUGGACAGUACCUCCAACUGCGAGGACAUCCUGAUGAACUUCCUGGUUUCCGCUGUCACCAAACUUCCUCCAGUCAAAGUCACGCAGAAGAAACAACACAAGGAGCCGCUGAUGCAGCAGGUGUGCAGUGCUGUCCAGGGCUCCAAGAGCACACGCUGGACUGAUCCAGUUCACUUUGCUCAGCGACAGAACUGCAUUAACACAUUUGCCAGCUGGUUUGGCUACAUGCCCCUCGUCCACUCCCAGCUCCGCCUUGACCCUGUCCUCUUCAAGGAUCAAGUUUCUGUGCUUAGAAAAAAAUACCGUGACCUUGAGCGCUCGUGACACCCAGCGAUUGACCGACCAACUGCCCUCCACUGACUGAAACAGCUCUUCAGACAGACUCUGCGCAAUGGGCCAGCGCUAUAUGUACGCACUGUAACCGCCAAACUGCCUCUGUUCCGUUUGUAGACUUAUUCAGUCAGGGUUGAUCUGAACCCCAAUCGUAUUCAGUGAAAAUCAAAUACUGGUGCUGAAUGUGAGUCACUCCCUGAGACACUGCGUCAGUCUCUUCUCUCGUGUUGCAGAUGUGUAGGUCGGUCACUCCUGGUGUUUGUUAACUGACGGCUCGCUGAGACAAAACAGGGAUGUCCUCAUUAUGAGGGAGCGAUUUACACGUCAAUGCUGCUAGUUGGUUCAAUAUCAAUAUGUUUUUGAAGUUUAAAAAAAAAGAAUUUUCUUCAAAUACACAUUCAGGUAGGAUGCUGUGCACAGGAUGAUUUAUUAAAUGACACUUUUAAUCCA